AUGGAGGGCAGGGAUGGAGAGCGGGCCGGAAAGGAUCCCCAGUCAAGUCCGGUGGAGGAGGCGGCUUCAGAGAUGAGGGGUGGGGGGCUGAGGAAGAGGAGGAGCAGGAAGGAGCAGAACAGAGGGGGGCUGCCGGGGCAGGAGGGGAAACCCUUGGGUGGAAGCGUGGCGGCCCAGGGAGGCGGUGGCAGGGCGCCUCCGGUUCGCAGGCCGCCCCACCAUCACGCCGCGCGCCAAGCCCACGUGCUCCUGCUCAACAGCCUCUUCGGCAAGGACAGAGAGCUAGACGCCCAAGAGCUGGAUGAGUUGCGGGUGGCGUUCAGAGAGUUUGACACAGACGAGGAUGGCUACUUGGGGCACCGGGAGCUGGGCGCCUGCAUGCGGAGUUUGGGCUACAUGCCCACCGAGAUGGAGCUCAUCGAGGUCUCCCAGCACGUCAAGAUGCGCAUGGGCGGCCGCGUGGACUUGGAGGAGUUUGUGGAGAUGAUGGGCCCUAAGCUGCGGGAGGAGACGGCCCACAUGCUGGGGGUGCGGGAGCUACGCAGCGCCUUCCGCCAGUUUGACGCGGACGGAGACGGGCGGAUCUCCAUGGCGGAGCUGCGGGCGGCCGCCCCCGACCUGCUGGGGGAACCGCUGUCCGGGCCGGAGCUGGACGAGAUCCUCCGCGACGUCGACCUCAACGGAGACGGACACGUGGACUUCGACGAGUUUGUGAUGAUGCUCUCCUCUCGCUAGACCCCAGGGUCAGCGGCCCCAAGACAUGCUCCGGGAUGCUUCGCUGGGCUGGACGCUCCCCCC